GUCAUGUUAAACAGUCCUAGGCGUAUAGAGGAGGAGAAGUCUAAGAUGGCGUCUAAAGAGAAGGCUCUGAGAGAGAAAGAGGGGAAGAAGACUCCUUCUAAAACUAACACUGUCAAUGGGACCGGAGGAACGCCCAUUCAUCACGUUAGCACUCUGCAGGUGGUGGAGACCCGCUGUAAGAAGGUGUGUACAUCUAAGUCAGACCUCCGCUCUAAUGACUUCAGCAUCGUGGGAUCUCUCCCCAGAGACUUUGAGCUUUCUAACUUUGACUGCUAUGGCAAGCCCAUUGAGGUUACCGGGGCAACCGGCAAAUCACAGGCCAAGAACAACAAGAAAGCCCCGCCCCCUAAACCUGUCAUCCCCGCUGCAGCCAAACGCAUCGACCUGUACGCACGUGCUCUGUUCCCCUUCAGUUUCCUCUUCUUCAACGUCAUAUACUGGUCUGUCUACUUGUAGGGAGGGAAGGUGUGUUAAUAUCUGAGAAUGUCAGUGGGUAUUCCCAUUUUUUAAAUUAACAUAAUUUACUACUUUAUCUUGACCUGUAAUCCUUGACCUCUAACCCCUGACCCCUUGCCCGUGAACCCCAAUCCUACAUUUAAGAGGCUGGUUUCCCCGACUCGGAUAAGGCCCAGUCCUGGACUGCUCUCUCAAUAGAUAAAGUCCAUUGGACUUAAUUCAAGAAAAGGCUUCAUCUGUGUCCAGGGAACCAACAUGUAGAAGUGAUCUUAGAUUAGAACUCAUCCUAUACGGCUUGGCUUUCUCAAUGUAGUAACCGGCCAGAGACAGACAGACAGACAGGCAGGCAGGCAGACAGACAGACAGACAGACAGACAGACAGACAGACAGACAGACAGACAGACAGACAGACAGACAGACAGACAGACAGACAGACAGACAGAC